AUGAAACCGACAACGACAAUAACAACGAAAUCUCGAGAAAGAAGAACAUGUUCUUCGAAUCACAUUAGCCCCGAUAUGUUUAACUCUCAGGACAGUGUGAGUUCUUUAGGACACUCUGCGAGUCAUUGUGAUGGAUCUGUGAGCCAAGAAACAAUAUCAUCACUCAUUCUCCCAACAUCAUCAUCCGAAUUUCAUGAAACUCUUCAAACAGAUCAAAAUUCUCAAGAACAACAAAAUCUCUUAAACGAAAUUUCCAGCUUGAAAAACUUGAUGAAACCAACUUUGAAGUUGAACAAAAAGGAAAGCAGUUUAAUCACCUUGGAUCAAGAUCCAUGUGAGCAAGUGGAGGAAAUUGAAUGUCCAAGUUAUGUACACACUAAGAAGAGUCCCGAAAAGAAGAAACGAACGUUGGUGGUUGAAUCCUUGCACAAAAAUAGAAAGAAAAAUGUAAAGAAGAAGAAGAAACAAUGA